GCCUUUCUGCCCGGGGCUGCCGGGCCGUGUCCCAGCAAGUCUGGCGGGGUCGUUUGGUUUCCUCGAGAGCUGUAUUUCCUUCAGCCUUUUGAAAUGGAGUGGUGCGGCGUGGAGAUGGAGAGCUGGGGAUGGACAGAAGUGACAGCGUGGGGGGCUGUCAAUGUUGGAGGGAAUUCUGGUUCGAAGAUUGACUUCUUCCUUUCUUUCUUUCUCUUUAAUGAUUGCAGCAAGGGCUAGCAGCAUGGGCAUUUGUCAUUUCCCGAGAAAACUUCGGAAUUAAAUGACUUGUUCCACUGCCAACGUCCUGAGUUAUCCUUAACCAGCCAGUGAAAUCUGUAUCUGUGCAGCUGGGGCAGACUGGUACAAUUUGGCCAUAGCCAUGACAGAGCCGCGCAGGGUUUCGUUCACCACUCUUCAAGGUCCACUGAGCAACAGCUUUGUGAACUCUGGGAAAGACAAUGGAGAGCAGUGCCAGAACCCUGAACCAGCUGCAAAAACUGUUCGAAUCGCACUUACUCUCUUUGAGCCGGAUCACAAACGUUGUCCAGAAUUUUUUUACCCAGAUCUUCUGGAGAGUUGUUGUGGGAAAGUAAAAGGUGGUUCUUCAGAAGACAAGGGUGGCAAGAGACGUAGAAAGGACCGUAUUCAGGACUUGAUUGAUAUGGGGUAUGGAUACGACGAAUCUGACUCCUUCAUUGAUAAUUCUGAAGCAUACGAUGAGCUUGUUCCGGCUUCUCUUACUACAAAGUAUGGAGGGUUUUACGUCAACUCAGGAACACUGCAAUUUCGUUCAGCAUCUGAAUCUGAAGAUGACUAUGUUAAAGAGAAAAAGAAGAAGUGUCCCAAGAAGCGGAAGUUGAAAGAUGGAGGUGAAAAAAUGAAGAAGAAGAAGAAAGAUGAUUCUUAUGACAAGGAGAAGAAAUCCAAAAAGUCCAAGUUUCCAAAAGCUGGUUUUACAGCAUUAAAUGCAAGUAAGGAGAAGAAGAAAUACUCCGGCCCUGUUAGUGUCAAGGAAAUGCUGAAGAAGUUUCAGAAGGAGAAGGAUGCUCAGAAGAAAAAAGAUGAAGAGCAGAAAGUGGAGACUCCUUCACUGGCAGAACCUCCAGCCCCAAGGGAGGUGGAGGCGAUGCCUGACCCUUUGCUCUCACUCUUCGGCCAUGCCAGUGAUAACGACCUGCUUCAGGCAGCGACGGCUAUGGACUCGUUAACUGACCUAGACCUGGAGCGGCUCCUCAGUGAAUCCCCAGAAGGGAGCCCCUUUCCUGAUGUGGAGGAUGGGAGCGAUCCUAUUGGGAUGGGCUUGGAGCAGGAUUUCAAGCAACCGCCAUCCCUCCCAGAAGGCCUGCCAGCCCCCUGCACUUCAGCUACCAGGAAGAACUGCAGAAUAAAUGAGGCCGCUGACAUCCUUUUGUUCUUUUUCCAGAUACUCUGAAACUAGAUUAAAAGCAUAGAGCUGCAGACUCGGGAGCUGAACAGCCAGAUCCGGUCAGGGGUGUACGCCCACCUGGCUGCUUUCUUCCCAUGCAGUAAGGACACUCUGGUCAAGCGUGCCCGUAAGCUUUAUCUCUACGAGCAGGGUGGCCGCUUGAAGGAACCUCUACAGAAGCUAAAGGAAGCCAUUGGAAGGGCCAUGCCAGAGCAGAUGGCCAAGUACCAGGAGGAGUGCCAAGCCCAUACUCAGGCCAAGUUUGCCAAGAUGCUGGAAGAGGAAAAGGACAAAGAGCAGCGAGAUCGAGUUUGUUCUGAUGAUGAUGAGGAUGAAGAAAAGGGAGGGAAGCGUGUCAUGGGACCGCGAAAGAAAUUUCAAUGGAAUGAUGAAAUCAGGGAGCUGCUUUGCCACUUGGUGAAGAUUAAGUUGGAUGGUUAUGACCUUGACAAGAAUAAGGCUCAGUCCCUAGAGGAUUAUGUGAAGACCUUCCUAGAUGGAGAGGUGAAGCCCCUUUGGCCAAAAGGCUGGAUGCAGGCCAGGUGAGCAAGAAUCGAGUUGUACUCCAGGGAUUCCUUGUCCUAAGGGACCUCGGAAGGUCAUUAGUCCUAACCCUGCUCAAAGAAUGGCUAG